UAAAGCCCUUUUCGUCCUUAAACUCUCCCUAUCAGCAGACCCUUUUUCGCGUUACGCGUUGUCAGUCUCCAUCAAACGACUCAUAUUCUUCCACGUCAGCGUCGUCUUCCUUGAGCGUCGUCUUCCUCUUUCCUUCUCUCUUUGACGCAUACAUACAUAAAAACGCCCCGUUCGCUUCUACUCUCUCUCUCUUUCUCAAGGGUUUCUCAGUCACAACAUUUCGCUUUCUAAACCAAACGGUCAAUGCUAAACCACGACUCUUCAAAUUUUCAGAUUGGCUUUUCUUGCAUGUAGUCCCAUUGAUAGAAGUUUCAGAAUUACUUGAUCAGCAAUGGUCAUUGUGAAAGGUUCACUUCAAGUUCAAGGUUAGAUGUCCCUUUUCAAUGUGCAGAAGUAGAAUGAUGUGCCAAUCGGACUUCAAAAAUGACAUUGAAGUUUGAGGGAUCCAUGAAACAUUUGGAUAGACAAGUGGCGCAGAUAAGGGGAAAGCAUUGUGUAGAAAAACCGGCAUGUGAAAUGCUUGACCAGAGAGAUUUAGAUGCAGCCCUUGUUUUGGUACAACUUGCCAACGGUGUUUCAUAUUUUCCUAAGGAUUAUAUGGCUUCUUCUAGAAGAAACUAUGGUGCUUUUCAGAUGCCAGACGGUGAGUUGCCAACAACUUUAUUGGCUGAUGAUAAUAGACAGGAUGCUAACAGAUUUAGGAGACAUGGAAAAAUUAAGAAGGUAACUGGUGAAAAGUUAAAAUUUUCAUUAUCAAAGACCACACAUAUGGACAUAAAAGAGAAGAGUAGGAAAGUUGAGAAUAACUUUUCAUCUCCCAAGUCAAAAAAAUGUAGGAAGUUCUAUUUCCAUGUGGCAGAAGAGCGGUUUGAUUCGCGUGAAAUGCAUGGAUUGUCAGAUAGUCGAGGACUGACAAGUAGAUUGGGCCGAAAAGGUUGGCAAAAUAUUGAAUCUUGUACAAGUGAUGGUCAUGACAGAUUAGGCGCAAAAUUUUCAGAGAGCACGAUGGUGACAAAGAAGCGGAAAGCAAAAGCGGAUACAACAUACUUGGAUGGACUGGAAGAAUAUGAUCAUUCAAAGUCUAGAUGCAAAAAGUUGAUCAAUGUACCUACUUCAUUGAAAAAGAAACUGCCUUCACAUAAAGAGGAUCCUGAAACUGGUUCUUUAGAUAGUGGCUUAAUUUAUGGUAUGCUUCUUUCACAAAGGACAGCCAUUGAUGAUGUGGAGCCUGUUAUAAGAUCAGCAAAGCAGCAGGAGGUUACUUUUUUCACUCCCACUCUUCAUACUGGUUUCUCAUUCUCCAUUAUACAUCUUCUUUCUGCUGUUCGCAUGGCACUGGUCACUCCGCAUGCAGAGAAAUAUGCUUUAGCAAUUGGUAAGCAUAUUGGAGAGGGCAAAAGAAGACGAAGCCAAUGUGAGGGUAUUCGAAAGAGAAGUCCUGAAGAUGUCACUGAGUUUCAUUCUCGUGAAAAACGGGGUGUUUUGAAUUCAGAACAAACGAAAGAAAAGAGCUUGUCUUAUCUCACUAUUCAUGAAAUCUUGCAGCGUGUGAGAUCAAAACCUGGAGACUAUAGUAUUCUUGAAACCCAGGAGCCACUGCUAGAUUUAGUCAGGGGAGUUCUCAAGAUUUUUUCUUCUAGAGCAGCACCUCUAGGAGUAAAGGGUUGGAAGGCUCUUGCAAUGUAUGAAAAGUCCAGCAAAAGUUGGUGCUGGAUCGGCCCAGUUUCUUCAAAUUUGUCACCUGACAGUCAUAUUGAGGAAGAGUCGUCUCCUGAAGCGUGGGGCCUUCCUCAGAGAACUCUUGUGAAGUUGGUUGAUUGCUUUGCUAACUGGCUGAAAAAUAGGCAAGAGGCGCUUCAACAAAUUGGAAGUCUCCCUGCACCACCUAUAAUAUUGAUGCAACCCUCCAAUGCGACAGAAAGAUUUAAUGGCGUGAGAGUUCAAAGGAGUCUCGGCACUAUUAGACCAAGCUCUGACGAAGUCAAGGCUUAUUUCCGUAGAGAGGAAACUUUGAGGUACUUGAUUCCUGACAGUGCCUUCUGUUAUACAGCGCUUGAUGGUAGGAAAUCUGCGGUUGCUCCUCUGAGAAGGUGCAGUGGUAAGCCAUCAGCAAGGGCCCGAGAUCAUUUCAUGCUUAAACAUAAUCGGCCACCCCAGGUUACCGUUCUGUGUCUUGUGAGAGAUGCAGCUGCUAGAUUGCCUGGAAGUAUUGGUACCAGAGCUGAUGUUUGCACUCUUGUAAGAGACUCACAGCAUAUAGUGGAAGACGUUACUGAAUUACAAGUUAAGCAAGUUGUGAGUGGAGCUUUGGACCGCUUGCACUAUGAACGUGAUCCUUGUGUACAAUUUGAUAAAGACAGGCACUUGUGGGUUUAUUUACAUGGAGAAAGGGAAGAAGAAGAGUUCGAGAAUGACGGUACCUCUUCUAGAUUGAGAUAUAAGCAAUAGGGGAAAACACUGGAACAUCAAUCUGGCUUUAGACAAGUUGGCAUGUGCAUGAAGGAAAAUGAGAGAAUUCAAUGUAUAGAUGAAGAAGGUUCACGGGUCUCUUUUAAGUGCCAGCUUAUUUUGAAGAGUGGUCCAGGUAUUCCUAAAUUUUACUGUCUUUUGAAAUAUAAUUUAGAGUUUCCUUAUUGCAAGUGUCACUGCUGACUGUAGUAGAUAUCUGAACGACAUUGUACAUGCUAGUUGAUCAGGAAACUCUUACUGAUAUUUAUUGUCUUUUGAAAAAAUAAUUUUGAUUUUUCUAAUUGCAAUAGCCGACUGUAGACAGCUAUCAGAAGAUUCAGAACCACAUGAACUUUUACAUUACAUAUUUAAAUUUAUAGACCGUAGAAGCUUUAAACUAAAGGAUCACACGGCGAGCAAGUUUUUGUUUAAGCAGUAGUAAUCAAAUUUGCAGACAUCAUGUAAACCUCUCAUCUGUUGGUUAAUGUCAAUUCCAGCCAGGAAGGCCGAGCUCCUGGACGUUAAACAAUUUAAACUGACUCGGAUGGUUGAGUUAGGAAAGUGAAAACCAAUUCCUCUGUGCAUCUAUCUACCUUUGAUCUGGGUUAGAAAUAUUGUUCGCGCACACACUCCAUGGUCUGGUUUGAUUUGAUACUUUUUGUAUGAACAGGCCUUUGUUGAUGUGGUUUGAAUUUCUCUUGAAAACUAAAAAAUAAACCUAUGCUUCUGAUUUUCCAGCAGGUUCUAACAUCUUCGAGAAACAGUAAUCAAGGAUUUAGCUCAACCCAAGAUGUCAUGAUAGACAGUAUUUCUGAUUUUUGACAUUAAAGAUCUACAGAAAAUUUCAUUGGUAGCUCAGGAGUAAUUUCAGUUUUGCCUUAAACCAAGCAAUAUCCAUCGUAUGUAUGGCGCCUUGUAGAUGAGUAAGAAAUGAGGUAUUCUUCAUUAAGUCACCUGAACUUGUUCGAUUAGUUCAUUACAAGCAGAGUCUUACUUCCACACAAGAAGUUACAAAAUUUAUAUAUCCCAAAAUUCAGAUCUCCAGACAAAGGGGGGGGGGGGGGGGGG